UUAAAAGGAGACUUCCUUUUAAAAACCCUCAUCAUCUACUUCUUGCAACUGUUUCCAUGCAUAUGCUGAUUUAUUGAUUAUACAGCUCGACAUAUUCGAAUAUUUAGUAGGGGAACCUGUAGAUAUUUCUUAGUUUUUUUUAUUAUAGUUUAGUUGCAACAUGGACGCAUCAAUACCCGUAUUCGAAAAGCCACAUAGACGUCUCACCGUAUUAGAUUGGACAAGAAAUAUUCAAACACUGCAAAAUGAAGCCAGGCUGCGGCGCUUUGAGUCUUACGAAUUAAGACAGAGAGCCAACCAGUUACGAAAUGAAACUUCAGUUACCACGAGAUGGGACACUUACGUAAAUAACGAGUUACUGAGAGAUAGGAUUUUCGACGUUCACGCAUGGAGGGAAAAGCAAAGGUAUACUAGAGAGUGUGUGAGAGAUGAAAUAAGAGCGUUGAAAGAAGAGAAACAUGCCACUGAAUUGCAUUUAGAGUCGUUACAAGUCCCAUUCAUGGUGAUAUCACAGUGCCUCUCGAACAGAGAUCAGAGAGUGCCUCCAGAACUAACCAGGGACCAACUUGGGGAAGAACUAAAUAAGGAACUCCACAUCACAGAAAACAGCAAGCGCGUGUUAACAGACGUAUGCCACAUGGGAUGGGAGAAAAUAAAGGAACUCACGAACGUCAUGUGCCGUCUUGAACGUGAGAUCAAGAAUAAGGAUGAGACCCUAGAUCUGGAGUAUCACGUCAAAGACCUCAAUAGAGAUAGUACCAAUAUCAGCUUCAAGCUUGAUCCUACCAGGGUUCCAACGGAGUCAAUGACAGAAGAGAGUUACGCACACUGUAUAGAAAACACAAUCAAAAUAGCUGAGCAGCUCAUGUCAGAAUCUAAGACCCUUCGAGCGACAAUGUUUAAGAGCAGAGAGCAGGCAAGGAACCAGAUGCAUGCGCAGAGCCAGCAGGUUGAACUGAUCAUGCGGAGACGGGUCUAUGACAUCCAGAGGGCUAGAAACGAAAUGGAGUGGCAGAAACAUAAGUUAGAGCAAAAUUUGCAACGGGUAGACAGAGAGAUUGAGUCACUACGAGCGGCAGUCGCAGAUAAGAUAAACCCGACCAAGUUGGUUGAGACACGACUGGAAACCAGGACUAGGAGACCAGUUCUCGAAAGAGUUCAGGACAAACCAAUGCGAGGCCUUAUCGAAGAAUUUGAGAGAGUCCACUUGAGUCACAAUAUGCUGGAAAAGAAACUUGAAGAGGCACUCACGACGUACCAUGGUAUGUACAACCAUCAUCAAAGAGUGACCAAGGAUCUCCAGUACAAGAAUCAGGCAUUGGAAACAGACAGACGGCUUAUAGAGAUCAGGAAGCCAUUACAUGCGCCUGACGAAACAGAGUUCAAAAGAAACGUUGGAUAUUGCCAUAUGAGUGAUGAAUUGGUCCCGGAAUAAUUGGAGGAGUAUGUCAGUAAGAUUAGCACUAUUUCUGAUAAUGUUGGCAACAUUAUUAUUGAUAAUGUAGGAAUAUGUUGCGUUGCUGCAGCGCUGGUGUCGCGAUCAAUGCUGCAGGUGUAGGAUCACUUAUGGGAGGUUCAGUAUAAGUGUAACAUUAUUUUUAUGGUGUUUCGUUUUCAUAGUCUAUUGAUGUAACUUACACAUUACCAUUCCACUGCACGGAUAGUUGAGUGGUUAACAUAACUUAAGAUUACCACGCCAAAUCCACUAUGAGAGACGUGACGCAGGUUCGAUCCCCGCGUGGAACAGUUUGCGUGAUCCCCGAAUGCUUGUCCUGAGUCUGAGUGUCGUUGUGAAUGUGAUUUGAAUUUUUGUGAAACUCCUCGCGACACGCAAGUGCGGGAGUAGUUUCUUUUCUUUUCAUAACAUAAGCUACGCAUAAACGAAGGCAGACAGAGCUCUCGCUAACUUGUUUUGAAUGAAACUGCUAACUGAUGUAAUAAUUGGUCAAACGAGGUUUAAAUAAACAGAGCGAGCCUUAACAAACAUGAAUUAAAAAGACAAAUGGGAAGUUACAAGCUGCUCACAGUGAUCACAUUAACUAAUAAUAUGUAUAGACACCAAAGCCUCAGAAAUAGAAUUCAAGGUAUACCUUUCGGCUACGGAACCCUAAAAAUUAAAAACGGUUAUAUCAUAGGAACAUUACACGUGCUUACUUAAGGCCAAGUCAACGGCCUGUUCCAAUGAACAAUAGCUUAUAUUGUAGGUAAGUCAUUUAUCAUAUUUUACUUACCAACGUUGUUAGCGUAUAAGAUGUAUAAUUUAAAUAUAAGACUGUCACCAUCAGCGGUCGUGUUCAAUAAAUAAAAGACAAUUUUAAUAUUUAUUCAUGUAAUAACAUAACAAGCACUGUGCUGAAUUAUUAUAACUAUUUAAAAUUAUUACAUAUAAUAUGUCAUGAAAAUUGUGACAACCUUGGUAUAUAAAUGCAUUUGAUGUAAAAAUACACAUUAAAUAAUAACUCUGCUAAACUGUUUCUAUAUUUUACCUACUCGUAAUAAUAUAAUACUUGCAGUACACUGGAAUGUGUUUAAGCGAAACCUUUUUACAUCAAAUGAGAUUCAAGGCACUAUGUGAAGGUUACAUUGCGUGUUAUUUUGCGUUUAGAUAAAAAAAAACACAGUAUCUUUAUGGUCAGUAGAUAUUGUUUACGGUUCUUGCAUUCUUCGGAUUACAAUGCGAUUGGACAUGAGUACACUCAGCUUGGCAAUAAUGAUUAAUGAGAGUAUCGCCAAUAAAAUGACGAAUUGGUCAAGGUAAUUCAUUAUUCACGCACGAAACGUUUGACUUCAGUAAUAUCCUUACUAAAAAUAAAGUUUUGUUUUGUAAUAAGCCCUUUUACACAAAUAUCAAACUUGAAUCGAAAUAGUUGAUGCAAUGAGAAGCCAUCUUGAUUUUUUGUAAAAUGGAAUGAUUCAUGAUUUUAUACCGAAGAUUAUAUUCCUAUGUAUGUUCAAUAAUUAACUAAUCAAUAAAUUCUAAAAACAAUAUUCGAUCUUAAUUAAUUACCCGUAAAUUAACACGCAAUAGUAACUUUAUGUAAUACACAUUUGUUAUAAAAAUACAUAAUAUUCAAAUAAAUAACUUAAGUAUAAUGAAGUAGACAUUGAAUAAUAAUAACUAAUGUACUUGUAGCCACGGAAUGUAGCAAAAUAUAACACGAUGAAAAAUGA